AUGCUCUUCGUCUUCGCCGUCUUCUCGCCCCCUCUCUCCGACCGCCUCUUUUCCGGCGCUCUUCCAGCGCAAGCGUCGUCUUCCUCCGUCUUCCCCUCGCCCUCUUCCCUCCCGCGUUCUCUCUCGAAUGACGCCGCCGACGUGGGGCGCGAAAUCCCCGACACGCGCGGCGCGGCAAUGAGAGACGAAACGCAAGUAGCCAAGGAAGAUAUUUUUCCACCGGCUUCAGGUGUGGUCCCCGCGCCCGGCAUGAAGGCCAGCGAUCUGCAGAAGACAACACCCGCGGUGGAUCUCCUCGGUUUACCCGUCAAAGAGAAAGUCUUCAGAGCACGGCUCUACGGCAGCAUGUUCAGCUACGCCUACUACUUCCUCGACAUUCUCGUGGGCACUCCUCCGCAACGCGCCUCCGUCAUUCUCGACACUGGAAGUUCUCUCCUAGCUUUCCCUUGCGCAGGCUGCAGCGAAUGCGGUGAGCAUCUCGACCCUGCCAUGGACACGAGCCGAAGCGCGACGGGCGAGUGGAUUGAUUGCAAAGAGGAAGAAAGAUGCUUCGGCACCUGCAGUGGAGGCACGCCGCUUGGUGGCUUGGGGGGCGGCGGCGUGAGCAGCAUGCGGAGGUGUAUGUACACUCAAACGUACAGCGAGGGCAGCGCGAUUCGCGGCAUCUACUUCUCAGACGUCGUAGCACUCGGCGAAGUGGAGCAGAAGAACCCGCCUGUCAGAUACGACUUUGUCGGGUGCCAUACACAGGAAACGAAUUUGUUUGUCACGCAGAAGGCAGCAGGGAUUUUCGGAAUUUCCUUCCCGAAGGGACACCGGCAGCCGACUCUGUUGGACGUGAUGUUUGGGCAUGCGAAUCUCGUUGCCCAAAAGAUGUUUUCAGUCUGCAUAUCUGAGGACGGAGGUUUGUUGACUGUCGGAGGCUACGAGCCGACGCUCUUGGUUGCGCCACCAAUGGAUCAGUCGACUCCUGCGGUCCACGCGUGGCGGCCAGCAGCCUCGGAAGCAGAGAGCGUUUCGGCGAGGGAAAUUGCAGAUGAGGGGACGUCUCCUCACCACGCUUCUCUGCUGACGUGGACAAGCAUCAUUUCCCAUUCGACCUACCGCGUGCCGCUGUCGGGCAUGGAAGUCGAAGGCCUCGUUCUCGGGAACGGCGUCGACGACUUUGGAAACACCAUGGUGGACUCCGGGACGACGUAUUCGUACUUCCCUCCGGCGGUGUUUGCGCGGUGGCGAUCCUUUCUGAGUCGCUUUUGCACGCCAGAGUUGUUUUGCGAGAGAGAGAGAGACGGCCGUCCUUGCUGGCGAGUGUCUCCAGGGACGGAACUGAGCUCGAUCUUCCCCCCGAUUAAAGUGUCUUUUGGCGACGACCAAAACUCCCAAGUCUGGUGGUGGCCCGAAGGCUACUUGUACAGACGAACGGGAGGCUACUUCUGUGACGGCUUGGAUGACAACAAAGUCGGUGCAAGCGUUCUAGGACUCUCGUUCUUCAAAAACAAGCAAGUGCUGUUUGACCGAGAGCACGACCGCGUCGGAUUCGCCGCUGCAAAGUGUCCCUCCUUCUUCCUUGACCAGAGGCCCCGCGGGCCGGACUCAGACGAUGGAUCGAAAGGGAGACCGACCGCGCCGUUCACUGUUGCGCCUUUCCCCGUGCUGGUGCCGAUGGACCGUGGCAGUGUUCCGGGCGGCGCGAAGCAGUCGGACGGUCUGCCGUUCUCGCCCCGGCAGAUCUGGGUGGCGGCGCUGUUGGUCGUAGUUGCAAUCCUCGUCGCAGUCACAGUCAUUCUUCUCCACACGAUCAAAAGAUCUUCGACGGGGACUGCAGUGGCCCCUGCUCCGUCUUCUGUUCCUUCACUCCCGUUCGCGCCGGCUUCGAAAUCUGCUGGCCGCUUUGUUCGAGGCCUCGGGCAGGGCGCGCUGGGGGUCAGCAACCAGGUGUAUGUACAGCGCACGCAGAGAUACCGCGAAGUCGAGGAGGCGCAGCCCCACACUGCAGACGCGUACUAUGACGUUGAGGAAGACCGGUUCACCGGAGUUGAUGGCGAUUUCUUCGUCGACGACACAGCUCUCUCUUCAGUCGAACGGGAGGCGACGGCGGCGCUUCCACCUUUGUCUCUUCAAGGGCACGACGAAUCCGCUUUCUCGGCGUCUCAGCCGACUCUCCUUGACCUUCCUCUUGGCGGAGAGGAGGAUGAGCACGUGGGAGCAGCUUGUUCCCCAUAA